GAACUCAGCUGCAGACAACCACAUUAAUAAAUCAAUGAUGUCAUGUCACAAUAUGCUCUGAUUAUGUGUUAAAAAUGUAUUCACCUGUACACAAUUUUGUUAUACUUUAAACACAAAGUUAUGUAUUUCCUUUUUUCAUAGAAAUACCUCUUUUCAUGGCAUAACAAGAAGACACAUUGGAAGUGAUGCCUUGGUUGUAGCUUCUGAAUGAAGGGGCCAAAGAUAUUCUCCCAUCCAGACAAAACAUUGGAUUUUCUCUCUGCCAUGGAUAAAUUACAGAGUAUGCCCAUGGACUUCCGGGAUAUGCAGAGAACACUCAGAAUGAAGGCCAAAUACGCAUUCUUCUUGGGUUUUGUGGUGGUCCUAGUCAUCAUUGAGAAAGAAAACAACAUCAUCUCAAAAGUGUCUGACAAACUAAAUUUGAAGCAAAUGCAGCAGAACCUAUUUGAUGCCAACAGUACAGACUCUAAUGGCCUCUACAUGGAGAAUGGCUCCUUGGUAUCCCUUAGUGAAUUAGAUUCCGCCUUCUCAAAGUUCAGGAGCCGACUGGUGAAUGUCACAUUAGAAUAUGGAGGGAACAACCCAUUCUAUGGAGAAAAUCACAAAAGGCCUCGUAGGCAUAUUCUCCUUAUGGCUACCACGCGCACAGGCUCCUCUUUUGUAGGUGAAUUCUUUAACCAACAGGGAAACAUUUUUUAUCUGUUUGAGCCUCUCUGGCACAUUGAGAGGACAGUGUCAUUUGAAUCAAUUGGGGCUAAUGCAGUAGGUUCAGCAAUUAUAUACAGAGAUGUUCUUCAACAGCUUCUCUUGUGUGAUCUUCACAUCUUGGAGAGCUUCAUCUCCCCACCACCUGAAAAUCAUCUUACUAGGUUUAUGUUCCGCAGAGGUUCCAGUAAGGUCUUGUGUGAAGACCCAGUCUGUACCCCGUUAGUGAAAAAAGCUUUUGAGAAAUAUCACUGCAAAAAUCGCAGGUGUGGUCCUCUAAAUCUCACUUUGGCAAUGGAGGCCUGUGUAAAUAAGGAACAUGUGGCAGUUAAAGCAGUACGAAUCCGUCAGCUAGAAUUCCUGCGUACUCUAGUUGAAGAUCCCCGUCUAGACAUGAGGAUCAUACAGUUAGUACGUGAUCCUAGAGCUGUCCUGGCAUCUCGUAUGGUUGCUUUUUCUGGCAAGUACGAGCCAUGGAAAAAAUGGGCACUAGAGGGAGCGGCCCCUAUUCCUGAAGAUGAAGUCCAAAAGUUAAGGGGGAACUGUGAAAACAUCCGCAUGUCAGCAGAAUUAGGCUUGAGGCAGCCAGAAUGGCUCCGUGGACGCUACAUGUUGAUACGAUAUGAAGACAUUGCAAGAUUCCCUCUUGAAAAAGCCAAAGAGAUGUACAGGUUUGCUGGGAUCUCUAUGACCCCAGAUGUGGUGGAUUGGAUCAACAAAAACACUCAAGCCUCCCAAGACAGCAAUGGCAUAUAUUCUACACAAAAGAACUCUUCAGAGCAGUUUGAGAAGUGGCGUUUUAGCAUACCUUUCAAAUUAGCCCAGGUUGUCCAGGAUGUCUGUAAACCUGCAAUGGAGUUGUUUGGCUAUAAGCUGGCAAGUGAUUUAGAGACACUAACUAACCGAUCCAUCAGCCUGCUUGAAGAAAGAGUUAAUUUUUGGGUUACGUAAUGUUCUGUUAUUUAAAACUGAUCAUAUAUUGUAAAAAGAUUGUAAUUGAACAGAAAGUGUUUGAAACAAAUGAAAAGGAUUGGAGUGGGACAAAUGUGUUCCUGCUGAGCCUCAAUGCUUUAAAGCCUAUGUGCAUUUCCUGAUUAAUUGUUUCCUAAAUUAGGAAGAUGGUUAAUUAAUACUGCAAAGAAGAUGUUGAAGGCUGAUUUUUUUUAGAUUGGCUUUAAAAGUGGAUUCCUGCUGAUGUAUAGAAACUGCCUACUUAAAUCCAGAUACAACAUUAAUGUUGGUCAGGAAAAAGCCAGUGGCUUCAUUUCUUCUUCAGCUUCUCCCAAGCACAGUCAGUUUUUUGAAGAUGUAGUAAAGUUUUCAUGCACUAAAAACACACCCAAAGAGUGGAGCGAUCAGUGGGAAUUAUGCUUAUCUAUAAAUGCUAUGCAAAGCGGCAUAGCAUCAGACAACCAUGGAGAGCCAUAAAAUGUAAUAUUAGUUGAAAUUAGUUGAUGCUCAAUGAUGGACAUUUAAUAAGUAACAUUUGACAACAGGUGAUUUGUGUGAGAUAUAACUGUACAUCAGACUUCUGAAUGCAGUGCAUUUGAGCUAGAGGGUGUUUGUGCUCUCAAAAAACAUGCAAUGAGUUUGGUUCAAACUACAAAAACCCAUUACUCAGGGAUCUGGUGCCCUGGCAUGUGCUAAACUGAUGGUAUAGUAUAGUA